UCAAAAGUUGAUUUAUAGUAACCUUUUUACAUGUAUAUGAAUGUACAUAUGUGUGUGUUUUAUCUUCUCCCAAGGGAUUCUUUAAGAAUAGUCUUGAAGUUGGAUAUGUUGAACUUUAGUUGAAUUAUUUAGUUUUACAUAGAUGGUAGUGAUUGAUAAGAGUUGUUGCGUAUAUGGAUACAUCAUUUUACUUUUGUAUUUUUUUUAUACUUAUCAUUUCACUUUUAUUAGAUGGAAAAUGAAAAUAAUAUUUGCACUAAGAGUGACGUACCAAGAAGUAAAGCAAUAUGGAAUUCAGAGAGUUUGAAUUUUUUCUUAGACUUCUGUAUCAAAGAGGUUGAUGAUGGGCAUCGUCCUACUACUUAUUUAGAUAAAGUUGGAUAUGUAAACUUGAUUACAAAUAUGAAGAAAGCAACUGGAAGAGAUUACACUGGACCACAAUUGAAAAAUAAGUGGGAUGGAUUAAAAAAUGAAUGGAAGCUUUGGAAGCAACUCAAGGGAAAAGAAACUGGCUUAGGAUGGAAUAUAAAAAAGAAUACAAUUGAUGCAACUGAAGAUUGGUGGAAUAGUAAAUUACAGAGUCAUCCCGAUGCUGCAAAGUUUCGCAUUCGGGGAAUUGAACCAGAGGUAGAGGAAAAAUUAGAUAGGAUUUUCAUGAACAUUGUUGCUACAGGAGAGUAUGCUUGGACACCUUCAUUUGGAAUAAUUCCAUCUGAGUCUGAAAAACCUUUUAACAAUAUUGAAACCUUACAUGAACAACUUGAGAGUAGUGACGAUGAUCUAGAGAUGCCUAAUACUGAUAGAUUUCUUAGAGAGAAAAAUAACAAGAGAUUAGUCGAGCCACUUGAGAAACAAAAUAAAGCAAUGAAACAUGGAAAAGGAAAAAUGAAGAAGAUAGGGCCUUUAAUGAUAUUUGAGCCAAUUGGUCGCCUUGCUGAUGCUGUGGAGACAAGGAGUAGAAAUAUUGAAACAGCUAGAAAGGAGAAUAGUAUUACCGAAGUUAUGAAAAUUUUAAAUUCUUUGCCUGGAAUUGAGAAAGGGAGCAGCUUGUAUUUAUUUGCAACUUGCUUGUUUAUCAUGAAAGAGAAGAGAGAGAUGUUUGCUUCAUUGGAAGAACCUGAGUUGAUGCUUACUUGGCUCAAGAAUGAGCAUACUCUGGGAUAA